AACCAAAAAAGGAACAGAGCGGGGGAGACCAGCAUCCUAUAGUGGACCACCACCUUCUGACUUCAUUGUGGAAUCCUGUGACCAGUAGGCUGCUUCUAGGGGUUUUAAGGUACAUACAGAAGCGAUAGCGCUCUUUCAUUUUAAAUAGGAUCCUUUGCCUCUGAAAUUAUUUUUUUGUUUCAAAAGUUGUGCUCGUGCAGUUGAAAGGGACCUAGUGCUCGCUCCUUUCCGGGAGCCAUGAAUGUGAGUAGGGACAAGGUUCAGGUGGGUGACAUCUCUAUUGCUCCAGCAGCGCCUGCUGUGGCAGCCCCGGCAGCGGUGACCGCUUCAGACACGCUGCCGUGCAGCAUUCACGCAGAGAGCAUGGACAGUCACGGCGAUCAGAGGCUCCCCAGCAACGAGCUGCCGGUUUUCUCCUGCCCUGGCAGCAGAGAGAGGCAGCAGGCGGACAAUCAAGGCAAUUCGCCCGGGCAAGAGGUGGCCGUGGUGGCACCCCCCACAGUUCACAGGACCACCUCUUUUUCGGUUCUUGACAUUUUGGACCCCAACAAAUUUACCAGCAAAAAGCGACACUCUACUACCACCCUCUACAGAAACAGCAGUGACUUCUCUCUCGGGGCAGAGAACAGAGGUGGCGAAGAUCCCGCACUUGCAGACCACAAAUCGCACUCUGAAGAUUACGACAAGUGCAAAAAAUCGACAGAUUUAAUCAAAGAUGGGGUAUUGUAUAAGUCCGAUGAAGGUGAAAAUGAUUUUAGCCGGAGCACUCACACUCCAGAGAGUGAAAUUCAAGACGAGGAGUUGUGUAGCGAGGAGAGUAGUAGCGCUCUGCCUAGUAAUGUGGACUCGGAGCUUGUCCACCAUGAAGAGGAGGACUCGGUUACGCGGAGCUCGAGCCCAGGUGUCCAGCAAACACAACAAGCAGGACAGAACGGCCAGAGCCAACAGUCCAAGCCCAAAAGAAAGCGCACUGGUUCGGACUCCAAGUCGGGAAAACCCCGGCGGGCCCGGACAGCCUUCACCUACGAACAGCUAGUAGCACUGGAGAACAAAUUUAAGUCCACUCGAUACCUGUCUGUGUGCGAGAGGCUCAACCUAGCUCUCUCUCUCAGUUUGACAGAGACCCAAGUAAAAAUCUGGUUCCAGAACCGCCGGACGAAGUGGAAGAAACAGAAUCCCGGUGCAGAUACAAGCGCCCCAACGGGUGGCAACGGUGGGGGACCAAACGGGCCGGGCAACGGCUUAAAUGGAGGAUUGAGUCCAUUGAGCCCUUCUCCCCCGAUGGGUGGCCCACUUUCAAUGCACACAAGUUACCCAGGUCACACACCAAGCGGGCUGGUCUGUACCGCCCAGUUGCCCUUUCUGCCGAGUCACGCAGUCCUGUCCCCUUUCGUUUUAGGAUCACAGACUUACGGGGCUCCGGCGUUUUAUACCCCGCACUUGUAAAUAAAUACUGAAGGAAAUGACUUGUAUGCAUUUACAUGACAUACAAAGCCGAACCUGUGUGAUACAAAAAAAGUUGUUAAAUGCAGUUUAAUACAAUGCAUCCUAUGACUUAAAGGAGAAGAACAAGACAAGCUGUGAUAAAGAGAUUCUGGAUCUUAAAAAAGUUGAGCAAUAGCAACUUUAAAGACUGCUGAAUGCAUCAAA